GCGAGUUGAAGUCCAUGAUAGACAGCAUUCUAUCAGUUGCUGACCUCACGGAGCACGCCUCUAAGGAAUGCGGGGUGUACAGCGGAGGAAACCGCCGGAAGCUGUCCAUCAGCGCAGCGCUACUGGGCCUAUCGCCAUUCGUGUUUCUCGACGAGCCCUACGCUGGCGUGGACGUUGUGUCUCGAAACAAGAUCUUCCGAGCCAUCGCUGAGAUCAAGAAACGCUCGCGGACCACUUUCGUGCUCACGUCUCACAACAUGGAUGAGUGCGAGUUUUCCUGCGACCGCGCCACGAUCAUGGUCCAAGGCCGCAUGAUGUGCCUGGGCACUAUCCAACACCUGCGGGAAAAGUUUGGCCAAGGCUACCGACUCGAGCUCUUGCUGAAGCAUACUGCUGUAGCCAGCACUCAAAUGCUGAAAAAGGCAGUUGAGCACCUCUUCACCGGAAUUCAACUUAAAGAUGACCACCAGAACCUGCUCAGCUAUCACCUGGCAGAUAGAAUACCUUGGAGCAAGCUGUUCACCAAGAUCGAGAAGCUCCAGAAAGACUUCGAGCUCGAGCACGUUCUCGUCGGAGAGAACACUCUGCAAGAUAUAUUCUUGAACUUCGCCAAAGUGCAAGAAGGGCUUCGCAUUCCAGUAGCUGUGCUCAGCCCUGCCGCCGCCGCAAAGGAGAGCGCAACGGCGACUACAACGCGGAGCGGAACGGUGACAGGAACGGCGACCGUAGAAGAGAGCGCGAAGCUGGUUUGAACUGUGUCACGGUGACCGCCACGGCAGAGCAGCUCCCUGGCGUGGAGCAUAAAACUGACUCUGUGGUUUCCGGAAGACGCUCCGCCUGGCAAGAAAUAAAGGUC